CUUUUGCUUUUUUUUUCUCCUCCGGAUCUGGGUUUAGAGUGGAUGUCACCGGGUUUCGAUCGCCUCUUUGGAAAUACAAUAUCGCUUUUUUGUUGUUGUUGUUUUUGCUGCCCCUCCAUCUUUUUUCCCUCCCUUCUUCUCAACUACCCACCCCCCGACCCCCACCCCCGAACAACCCGAUUGUGUUUCCUGCAAGGCUCGGGACUGGGUUUCUGAUUGCGGUUAUUUCCAUGUUUCUAGGUUUGUGUGAUUUUGCUAAAAUGCAUCACCAACAGCGAAUGGCUGCCUUAGGGACGGACAAAGAACUGAGUGAUUUACUGGAUUUCAGUGCGAUGUUUUCACCUCCUGUGAGCAGUGGGAAAAAUGGACCAACUUCCUUGGCAAGUGGACAUUUUACUGGCUCAAAUGUAGAAGACAGAACUAGCUCAGGGUCCUGGGGGAAUACAGGACAUCCUAGUCCAUCCAGGAACUAUGGAGAUGGGACUCACUAUGAUCAUAUGGCGAGCAGAGACCUUGGGUCGCAUGACAAUCUCUCUCCUCCCUUUGUCAAUUCCAGAAUACAAAGUAAAACAGAAAGGGGUUCAUACUCAUCAUAUGGAAGAGAUUCGAAUUUACAGGGUUGCCACCAGCAAAGUCUCCUUGGAGGUGACAUGGAUAUUGGCAACCCAGGAGCGCUCUCCCCCACUAAGCCUGGCUCCCAGUACUAUCAGUAUUCUAGCAAUAACCCCCGGCGGAGGCCUCUCCACAGCACCUCUAUGGAAGUACAAACAAAGAAAGUUCGAAAAGUUCCUCCAGGUUUGCCAUCUUCAGUUUAUGCCCCGUCAGCAAGCACUGCCGACUACAAUAGGGAUUCACCAGGUUAUCCAUCCUCAAAACCAGCAGCCAGCACUUUUCCUAGCUCCUUCUUCAUGCAAGAUGGCCAUCACAGCAGCGACCCGUGGAGCUCCUCCAGCGGGAUGAACCAGCCCGGGUACGGGGGCAUGCUGGGCAACUCUUCUCACAUCCCCCAGUCCAGCAGCUACUGCAGCCUGCACCCACACGACCGCUUGAGCUACCCAUCACACUCCUCAGCAGACAUCAAUUCCAGUCUUCCUCCGAUGUCCACCUUCCACCGCAGUGGCACAAAUCAUUACAGCGCGUCUUCUUGCACACCCCCUGCCAACGGGACGGACAGUAUCAUGGCAAACAGAGGAAGUGGGGCAGCAGGCAGCUCGCAGACUGGUGAUGCGCUGGGGAAAGCACUUGCCUCUAUCUAUUCUCCAGAUCACACCAACAACAGCUUUUCAUCAAAUCCUUCAACUCCUGUUGGUUCUCCCCCUUCUCUCUCAGCAGGCACAGCUGUUUGGUCUAGAAAUGGAGGUCAAGCGUCAUCAUCUCCCAAUUAUGAAGGUCCCUUACACUCUUUGCAAAGCCGGAUCGAGGACCGCCUGGAGAGACUGGACGACGCCAUCCACGUGCUGCGCAACCACGCGGUGGGGCCCGCUACCGCCAUGCCGGGGGGCCACGCCGACAUGCACGGCUUGAUAGGGCCGUCGCACAACGGAGCCAUGGCCGGUCUGGGGUCCGGCUACGGCACCGGCCUGCUCUCCGCCAACCGGCACUCGCUCAUGGUCGGAGCGCACCGCGAGGACGGGGUCAGCCUUCGCGGGAGCCACUCGCUCGUGCCAAACCAGGUCCCGGUCCCCCAGCUGCCCGUCCAGUCUGCCACAUCCCCGGAUUUGAACCCGCCCCAGGACCCGUACAGGGGCAUGCCAACCGGACUGCAAGGGCAGAGCGUCUCUUCGGGUAGCUCCGAAAUCAAAUCUGACGACGAGGGAGACGAAAACCUCCAGGACACAAAGUCUUCUGAGGACAAGAAACUAGAGGAUGACAAGAAGGAUAUCAAAUCAAUUACUAGGUCAAGAUCUAGCAAUAACGAUGACGAAGACCUGACACCGGAGCAGAAGGCCGAGAGGGAAAAGGAAAGGAGAAUGGCCAACAAUGCUCGGGAGCGCCUGCGUGUCCGCGACAUCAACGAGGCUUUCAAGGAGUUGGGCCGGAUGGUGCAGCUCCAUCUGAAGAGCGACAAGCCCCAGACCAAGCUCCUGAUUUUACACCAGGCUGUGGCUGUCAUCCUCAGCUUAGAGCAGCAAGUCAGAGAAAGAAAUCUGAAUCCUAAAGCAGCGUGUCUGAAGAGAAGGGAAGAAGAGAAAGUAUCUUCAGAUCCUCCUCCGCUUUCCCUGGCAGGCCCCCACCCUGGGAUGGGAGAUGCCUCCAAUCACAUGGGACAGAUGUAAAAAAAGGUCCAAGUUGCCACAUUUCUUCAUUUAAGCAAGAGACCACUUCCUUAACAGCUGUAUUAUCUUAAACCCACAUAAACACUUCUCCUUAACCCCUUUUUUGUAAUAUAAGACAAGUCUGAGUAGUUAAGAAUCACAGACGCAAGAGAUUUCAGCAUUCCCGAGUAUUAAAACCGAGAAAAAACAAACAAAAAAGUGCAACUUGAGGGACGACUCUCUUUAACAUAUCAUGCAGAAUGUCUAACGCAGUAUGUUACGAGCUGUAAGUGCACAGCCUAGAGACUGAAUGGCAAUCUUCUCCACACUGUGGGACAAUGCAUUUGUGCCUAAACUUCUUUUGGAAAAAAAAAAAAAAAAUAUAAUUAAUUUGUAAGUCUGAAAAAAAUAUUUAAUUUAAAAUUGUAAACUUGCAAUAAUGAAAAAGUGUACUUCUGAAGAAAAAAAAAAAUGAGCGUUUUUGUUGGUGUGCUAGACAGCUAGUGUUUAUACUUACUGGAUAUUAAAAGGGAAGCUUUGCUGCCCAGAUAUUUACAAAACCAGCAAACGUCCUAACGAAAACUGAAGCGAUGACAUUAGCCAUUCCUUAGGGUAGGAGGAACAGAUGGAUCUUAUAGACCUAUGACAAAUAUAUAUAUAUAAAUAUAUAUAUAAAUAUAUAUUAAAAAUUUAGUGAAUAUGGUAAGCUUUUGUUCAUUUGUUUCAGACUUUUUUGCUCCUGUAAAAAAAUAGUACUGAUUAACUUUUUUAAAAAGAAGAUUUUACUGUAAAUAAGGAUUUUUUUGUCUUAUUUCUGUCCCUCUGCCCUGUUUUUGUUAUUGUAACCUGUAGUGCCAACUCUGUCUCUGGAGGGGUGGUGCAGGAUGAAACGCUGACCCUGACGUUGCUUCUCAUUCAUAACUAACGUAGAGAGUUGUUUCUUCAGUCUUUGGGGAAGACAGGACUUGGGGCCGGCGCUGUGCCGGCACCCCGGGCGCGGGAGCGAGCCCCGGCCGCCCCGCGGCUCCGCUCGACCCUUUUCUGGGAUUUUCAGAGGUACAAGGUUAGAAUGCUACAAUGUUACCACUGUGCCUUCCAAUGUUUAUAUCAUCGGAAACAUGACAUAAUCAAAGUGGCUGUGAUUAACGAACCGAUUAAAGUGUUACCUAUGUGUGUAGCCUAAAUAGUGUGCAGUGAGGCGUUGCUGAAUACAUGGUCAGAUUUGGGGGGGGGGACGGGACCAUCGCGGGGGAAAAUUGCAAGUAGUGUGACAGAUUUGAUCGACUUCCUUUUCUGUUGUUCUUCUCUCGUUUUUAAGUGGAUUAUUUAAGUGUAGACCACUUGCUGCCUCCUCCUUUCUUUGUGAAAUGCCAAUUUCGGUCAUCAUGCAGCAUUAUAACAAGCCUUAUGAGUCCUAAAGCAUUAAGUUGCACUUUCUCGAGGAGGGGUGGUAGUACAGUAUUUCUCUGGCCAGUACGAAUGAAGUUUUUACUUAACAUAUUUAAUAGUAACAUAGCUCAACCUAUGGCACAGCAGCUCAUCAGAUAACUAGCUUUGAAGUCUGGGCACAAUUGAACCAACUUCCAUAGUGAAUCUUAAUAACGAUUGACUUUGGUGUACAGUACGAUUAACAGAUAGUGCUCCUAGUUAAGUAUUUGUCAGCAUCCUUUUGUCUCUAAUUCCAGUUUCUGUUUUUACAGCCACACCAACCUGGCAUGUAUUUUAAAUAAAAUCUCCCUGUUCGAGUAGAUUUUCCACCUAUCAACACUGAAUAAAUGCCAUAAAUCCAUCAAACGGUCUAAAUGUUCCAUCUGUUCUCCUGUUUUGCCAGUUAUAUAGUAAUGAAAAAUACAUUUGUAAAUUUUAUGCAACAAAUGGCAAACGUAUCAUUAUUUUGAAAUUGUGUAUGUAAAAGUUAUAUUUUUACAUGUAGACUCUUGUUAUUAUGUGUUUUAAUACAUUGUAUCAGUUUUUUUGUUUAUAAAAAUCUGUGUGGUUGAAAAAAAGUCUCAUUUAAAUGAAAUAGUGAGAUACGAGAAUCUGAAUUUUAUGUUUGUUUCUGAAAACGUAAAGAACAAAUAUGAUAGUUACCACGUGCUCACCUUCGACAUCCCCAUACCCAUUUGGAUUAGCUGUGUGCGUGCUGAAAACUGUAAAUAUGUUCAGUAGCGAUAAAACUUUCAAUGUUUUGAGUUGUCGAUAAGUUUCUCAAAUGUGGAGGUGGAUUCAACCGCUAGAGCAGACGCUAGAGGAGACCACGCUAAGGCUUAAUUCCGAGUUACGGAGGCUGAUGGCGGGAGAAGCGCUGGACUUGGAGCAGGCCUGGUUUAUCUGAGAGGGGGUGCAAUAAAGCUUGAGCCCACCCGGCGCUAGUGACGGCCAGCGGUCCCCUCGGCAGGCCGGAGGGCUCUGCUGCUCCGUGCCGCGCGGGUUGUCCCUCCGGAUGGGGUGAAGAGCGCGAUGCCGAUGAACAAGCCAUAUAUUUUUUUCCAGGAGACCUCAGACCCGCUGGACCACGCUCGGUUUCGGUCUGUCCGAGCGCGCCGCUCGAGCGGGGUAGGGACCGGCAAGGAGAUCAUCGCCGAGGUGCUGAGGACUGUGCUUCUGAUAAACGAUGUAAAAAAAAAAAAAAAAGAAUUAUAAGACCAACUUCAUGUUUAUUUAAAACAAUCUGUGGACAGAAAAUAAAUGACGAGUUUAGUUUCUGGAACUUAAAAAAGAAAGAAAAAGCUUUUCUUGUUCCGCUCGCACUCGGCUCUCGCUGAACUGGAGGAGCGGCUCGGGGCGGUGCUGGCGGCUGCGGUGC